AAAAAACGCUUUCUUUCAGCAAAGCCGAAAAGACUUGACGGGCGAUGACUUCUUCUCGCGAAGAUCCAGAGAUCCUCCCCGACGCUGCCGAAGAUCAACCCAAUCUCCCCGACGCCUCUCCUCCUGUUAACCCCGAUUCCGUUAAUCAACAACAACCCCCCACCCUUCUCCCUCUAUUCGAUUGCGUGGCUCUGGAUAAGCUCUGCCACGUGGCGGAGAUGUUCCAGCAUCGGGAAAGGCAACGAAUCCGCGAGGAGGCUGAGUUAGCUGAGAAGAGGCGGCUGUGGGCUGAGCAGAGGGCGGAGGCGCACAGGCAGUACGUUUUCGAAGUCGCGAAGGCUUACGCUCUCGAAUUGCACUCUGAUCAAGCUCCCAAAAGCAAAGACGAUGACGAAGAAGAGGAAGAAGAAGAGGAGGUUGUCAAAGGGAAGAGCCGAUUCGAUGACGCUAAGAACGCGAUCAAGAAGAGGAGGAGAUACUCUGGAAGAUCGAGUUCUACUACAUGCGGUGGAAUUGAGCUGAGUAUGACGAGGCAUAGGACGGCUCCUACGCUUACGGAGCUGUGUAUGAGAGUUCUUGCUGAAAACUCUGAAGCGAUUGAGUCUCUGCACCUAGUACCUGACCACUUGAAGAAGAAGAUCUCGAGUCUUGUUAGUGAUUCGAGCAAAGUAGAUAAAGCCUUUAUGCAGCUUCUUGUGGAUGAUUCUCCCUCUGAGGUUUCUGUGAAGAAUUGUGUUGACUUGGAGGAGGAAGACUUGACUCAGAUCCUAUCCGAAUGUGAUAGAGUUAGCUUAGAGGUGUUGAAUCUUGAUCUCUGCGGACGAGCUAUGACGGAGAACGCUAUAACCGAGUUCUUUAAACGCUCUCCCAACGGGUUCCCUUCGUUGGCUAGGCUAUCUCUUCAAGGAGCGUUCUGUUUAACAGACAAUGCGUUGGCUUUGAUCUCUAGAUCUGCUCCUCUGCUUCGGGUUAUUAACCUCUGCGAGUGCUCGCUUCUGACAUUCCAAGCUGUGAAGAUUCUUGCUGAUUACUUUGGUUCCACUCUUAGAGGGCUUAACAUUGGAGGGUGCCAAGGGAUUAAACCGUGUGAUGUCUUUAGGAUCAGCUUGAGUAGGUUCGAAAAGUUGAGCUCUCUCUCGGUUGCAGGACUCGAAGGGAUUAAUGAUGUUGUUGUUGGGUUCUGUACUUCCUGGGGAUCCAAUCUCACUGAUCUUUCUCUAGCUUCUUGCGUAGGGGUGAACGAUGGAACUCUUUGGACUGUUGGGAGAUAUUGUCCAAACCUGGAAGCUCUUGACAUCUCAGAGUUGGACAAUCUGACUGAUGCGUCGCUGAAAGAAAUUACAGAUGGUUGCAGAUCUUUGAACUCAGUCAAAUUUACAAGAAACCGAUUCAGUGAUGAAGGUGUAGCCGCGUUUCUUGAAGUCUGUGGUGGUUCUAUUAACAACCUCAGCCUAAACAAUGUCAGAGAUGUCGGCCAAGAAACUGCUAAUUCGCUAGCUAAAUAUUGUAAGAGGUUGCAUUAUUUGGAUCUCUCGUGGUGUAGAAAACUCACAGAAGAAGAACUAAGACAGAUCAUGAGUUGCUGCUCGUUACUUAGAUCGCUUAAGCUAUUUGGAUGGACGCAGGUGAAGGAGGACUUUCUGGAAGAUCUUUCAAGAUCAGAAGUUAGCAUCGUUGGAUUGAAAAUGACUUCACUAUUCGCUCAUCCUGAUGACUCUUAUCCAAGUGUAGAUGCCAAGUGCUUCUGAUUGAGUAGACAAGUUUUGGCCAUGUUUAGUACUACAGUCAUGAACCAUCUUUAUUGUUAGACUAAAACAUCUCCAGAGGUUUAUAGUAAAGAAACUACUAAAUAGAUUAAUAGUCGACAGUGUCUUCUUCUAAUGUUUGGUCACUAGAAACAAAAGAUUCCUUUGAACCAGUGGAAAUCUACAGACAAAGCUUUCUCUCUCCUCUUUCUGUUUAAAUUGUUAACCAUACCAUCUUUCUUGGUUUGGCCAUUGACUUGUCCAUGUAUUGCUACCAGAGGUUGAUCAGGUUUGAUCCUUACUGGAUUCACAUGCUUUUCG